GAGUCCAGAUUCAGUUCAACAACUGUCUUGACGUCAUGACAGGCUUCCGGCUUCAAGUCCCUAGUUUUCUUAAGAUGCACUAGAAUGGGUUUUAUUUAUCAAAUUCCACGAGAAGUCAAAAGGCGUUUUGUCAGAAGGCAUAUACAUAUAUAUCAGGCGGUAAGGCAAGCACAUUGGCUUGCUGGCAUCCAACAACAUCGUCAACAUCGCCAACUUCAUCAACCUCGCCAACACUCUAGCUCCCUUCGUUGUUCUUGCUUAAUUUCUCUGUCGAGUCUAUAUAAAUAGCUCAUUUUGCUACUUUCUCAUUUGACUCUCUUUCCCCCUCCUCCCGGUCGACUUUGACCGCACGUGCCCAACUACCUACGGUUG